CCGAAAAACGGUCGCAUGGCGACGGCCAAGGUCGUGUCGGGUCCCGUGCCUCCGGGCCCUGGGAAAGGCGACGUCCGGCAAGGGCCGCGCACGGUGCGCCGCAACGCCUUCAUCCUUAGCGUCAGCCUCCUCUUUCUCCUCAACGUGCUUUGCAUGCCCAUGAAAGCAUACCUCUCGGAAGAUGUGCCGUGGGGACCACUGAUCGAGCGCCCCAUUUUUCCCAACUACUCAAGCUUCAAUGCGACGAUUCUGGACAAGUACCAAACCGAGUACGCCUUCACGCGGCUCCCCAACACGAGUACGUACUUUAGCGAUGCGUCGAGCGACGUUCAGGUCGUGCGUCUCGCUUUGGACCUCAACGCACACGUGGCGGUCGCCGUCGAAGACUGUGUCGGCUCGUUUCUUCGCGGUAUGCCUGGGGUGGUCUACUUCACCUCGUCCGUGCGGAAUCUCCUCUGCGAGCUCGGUGCAACUGCCAGCGUGCGGCCGGCGCAGUGGCACAACAGAGGUCUUUGUGUCUACGACAUGUACUUCACAAUCAACUUGGGCCAUCAAUGCGUCUGGCUCGAAUUCGACCCGGCGCAACCAAACACGCUUGUCGUCGUGAGCGCCCUCGCCAUGUACACGACGUAUAUGUGGCGCUGGUUCAAGUUCAUUUUCCGGAUUCUGGUGACGUUGCGCAUUCUACAUGUGGUGUGGACCGACUACUAUCUCCACUGCUAUGCGCUGGAGCACGUGUUGGCGACGCGCGGGCACUUGGCCACAAUGCCCGAUGGCGACUGGAGCUACGAGGUGCUCUGGGGGGAUCCAACAGCGUUUGUGCUGCUGCACCCGGGCAUCGCCCUGACCUUUGUCAUCGACUAUUGGCUGAGCGUCGACGUCGUCACGGUUGUGAUUGUGCGCGCCAGUCAGAACGACGACAUCAUUGUCAUGUUGACGGCAUUUUUGUACCUCUCGCGGACCGUCUGGUUUGCGUAUGCUGCCAUGGGCCUCACCUCGUAUGUGCUCAAGCGCUGGCACAAGGAACAUUUGUUUGCCGAAGUCGACUUGACGCUUGUUGCGAUUGGCGCCACGUGCUAUGGCCCAGCCGCCUCGUGGGCCUCAGGCAACGUCACGUUUCUCCUCGAAACUUUUCAGUUUUUCUUUGAAGCGCUCGUGCCAGUUGCGGAAAAAGGCCAGGAAUUCGAAGGCUGCUUGUCGUCGCUCGUGUACACACUCAUGCUGGCGUCGAUGCCCAUCAUGUAUGGUUUCACCCGGCCGCUCCUACGUCGUCGUACGUCGACGAUACAGCUCGUGCCGUGCACGCACUCAGGCACGGUGGACCCGGCGCGCUACAGCAGUUUUCUCUACAACGGAUUCAAAACGCGUCUUGUGUUCACCGCACUGCACCGCUGGACGCGCGACUACCGGGCGGGCAUUCCGUCUGUUGGCGGCUCGAUCUACACGCUCUUUGACUUGGACGCUCGCUAUAAGCAGUACCCGACGACGCGCUUUCGCGGCCCUGAUGUAUUUGUGCACUGCUACUGCAACGGCAAGCUGGUCGAGAUCCUUCGCUUGAGCCUCCUCGUUGCUUUCGACCGAAAUGUCAACACGCCAAAUAUGGCGAUCGCAACGAGCGACCAGCCAUCGCCCUAUACGGUCUAUACGAUUCAGCUGCCCACCAGUGAGACGCAGAAGACGCCGCUUUUACUCUGCCCGUCAAAACCAAGUGCGUGGUGUCUCUAGUAGCUAGCCCAAUAUUAGUUGAUGUAC